UCCAGAAGAGGUUCAUGGCAAAAUCUUGUCCUUGAUUCCUACAAAACAUGCUGCUUCAACAUCUCUUCUUGCUAAAAAGUGGAGGAAUGUCUUUAGAUUAGUUCAUAAUCUUGAUUUUGAUGAUUCUGACUUGCUGCAACCUGAAGAGGGUCAACAAGAGGGAUAUGUCAUGCGGGAGAGCUUCAGGAAUUUCGUUGAUAGAACACUCGCUCUGCAAUGCGCUUCUCCUAUCAAGAAAUUCUCUUUACGAUGUGGCAUUCACAUGGCCAGCGAGUUGGCUUGUGUGGGCCGCUGGAUAUAUAUGUAAUGCCGUGGAACGUAGUGUUUUGGAGCUGGACAUAAGCAUACGGACCUUCUAUAAAUUAGUUCUGAAUUCUGAAACCGGUGUUGUGGAACAGCCCGCAGAUAUGGAAUACGGUGAAGUCUUUCUGCCUCCUGAGCUCUGGAAGAGCAAGACGCUGGUUAAGCUGACACUGGGAACAAAUAUUUCUCUUGGAGACCUUCCUCCAGAUGUGUCUCUUCCAGCGCUAAAGAGUCUCUGCAUCGAUACAAUCUUUUUUUGUUAUGGAGAUCUGUGUGACGUACUUCUUCCUGGUUGUCCGGUGCUAGAGGAGUUAGUUGUACGCCACGAGAACUGUGAAGCAUUCCCAUUCUGCAUAGCGAGUCGGACCAUCAAGAAACUAUCGGUUCACUACGAUUGUGAGUUUGGAAUUGGUAACAUGAGUUAUAUGUCAUUUGAUGCCCCAAGUCUUGUGUCCCUCGACUACUCCGAUUAUGCCUUGGCUGAGUACCCGCAAGUUAACUUGGAGUCCCUACUCGAAGCUAGGCUGGAUCUUCGUUAUUCUGAAAGAAUCGAGAAGCCGGAUAUAACGGCUCUGAUUAUAGGGAUAAGCAACAUCGAGACCCUGCAUCUAUCUCCCGGUUCUGCUGAUGUGAUUUCUCGAUGUGUUGAACAUGGACUAUUUUUACCGGUGUUGAACAAUCUGGUUAAUUUAUCUUUUGGGAGUAACAAUAAACGAGGUUGGACACUGCUGCCGUAUCUGCUUGAGCAGUCUCCAAAGCUUGAAACUCUAAUCAUCCAGGGUUUGGAUGGUUACACAGGCGACGUUACCAUGCGUCCGUUCCAAGUAAAGGUGUUGCAUGUUCUUGGUUAUGGAGGAACUGCUAAAGAGUUGGAACUCUUGAAGAGUAUUAUUGGGGAAUCGAAAUGCCUGGAACUAGUGCAAGUGGAGGUUGCACAAGGUGUUGUGGUGGAUGAUGCCAUUGCAUGGCAAAUCUAUAGGGAUCUAAUGACGCAUAUUGGAGUUUCAGAUUCAUCAAAGCGCAAGAUCCAAGUUGCAUAUUUCAUGUAGCUUAGACAAUUAUUCUGUGUAACAUUAAACUCAUAAAUUGCUUCAUGUUGCAUUGCUCUUGCAGGAGCCUCUUUAAUUGCAGGGAGAGGGAGCUACUUAAAUAUUCUGUAACAUUA